AGGAGGGCAAAGCCAAGCCAGCCAGCCUGCCCUGUGAGCUCCCACAGCAGUGUAGCCCCAGGACGAGGAAGGAGGGAGCCUCUCAGGAUCGCAGCCGGCUCCAGCAGCACCGCUAGGUUCUCAGCCUCCGCGCCCAGCAUGUUCCAGUGGAAGAAGACAAUCUACAAAAGUGCCUGCCUGUCCUUUGUGCUGGUGAUCAUGGUGACGGUGCUGCAGAGGGGGAUGACUCCUAGCCAUUUCAUUCAGGGCCAGCAGCAGAAAGAAUUGCACCAAGAGCCCGUGAAAGCUCAGAAGAGAGAUGGCAGCUUCUCCAAGACCGGCAACUUCUGGAAGAGCAAGAAGGAGAAGACCCCCCUGGAGGCGGAGGGAGUCACUGAGAACCAGGUGAAAUCCUGGGACGUCACCACUAUCAAUUGCACGGCCAACCAGAACAUCAGCAAGUUGGACUGGUUCAAGGGGCUGGAACCCAACUUUCGGCAGUUCCUGCUUUACCGGCACUGUAGGUACUUCCCCAUGCUGAUCAACCACCCGGAGAAGUGCAGGGGUGACAUUUACCUGCUGAUUGUGGUCAAGUCCAUCAUCACGCAGCACGACCGGCGGGAGGCCAUCCGAAGGACCUGGGGCCAGGAGAAAGAGGUGGAUGGGAAAAAGAUCAGGACUCUCUUUCUGCUGGGCACGGCCGCCAAAGAAGAAGAGAGGGCCAACUACCAGAAGCUGCUGGAUUAUGAGAACCACAUCUAUGGGGAUAUCCUACAAUGGGAUUUCCUGGACAGUUUCUUCAACCUCACCCUCAAGGAGGUCCAUUUCCUAAAGUGGCUCAACAUCUACUGCGACAGCGUUCGCUUCAUCUUCAAGGGGGAUGACGACGUCUUCGUCAGCCCCAACAACAUCCUGGAGUUCCUGGACAACAAGAAGGAAGAAGACCUGUUUGUGGGGGACGUUCUGUACAAAGCCAGGCCGAUCCGGAAGAAAGAGAACAAGUACUACAUCCCCAGCGCCCUCUACAACAAGAACAGCUACCCACCCUAUGCGGGUGGUGGAGGUUUCCUCAUGGAUGGGCCCCUGGCCAUAAAGCUCCACAAGACCUCGGAGACCUUGGAGCUGUACCCCAUCGAUGACGUCUUCCUGGGGAUGUGCCUGGAGGUCCUCAAGGUGGCGCCAGUCAGACACGAGGGCUUCAAGACCUUCGGCAUUGUGAAGAACAAGAACAGCAAGAUGAACAAGGAGCCGUGUUUCUACCGGAGCAUGAUGGUGGUUCACAAACUGUUGCCCCUGGAGCUGCUCCAGAUGUGGAACCUGGUCCACAGUAACUUAACCUGCUCCAGAAAGCUCAACGUCCUUUAGCAUGUGGCUUCCUUGAGGAGCUGUGGCAGGAAGGGUUGGAGCAUCUAGAACCUUGUCUUGGGGGGCGAGGGGAAAGAACCUAGAACCAGAUGAAGGCAACAAACUAUUCUGGGACUACUCCAGAGCCUUCCCUUCCGGCGACGAGAGGAGAGAGACUGUGGUCGGGGGGAGGGAAGGUUUCUAAUGGGGUAUUUCUGUACUGUACUGCGUUUUUUUUUUAUCCCCAACUGGGUUGGGGGUUGCUAAAAAAGAAAAAGGAGGAUAAGAGAAAAGAGAGAGAGAACAAGGAUCAUCUUGGGGAAAACUUCUGGGUGCUACAUUUCAGGAAAGAUGUGGACAAAUUGGGGAAAGUCCAGAGAAGAGCAAUAAAAAUGAUAAAAGGUCUAGAAAACAUGACCUAGGAGGGAAGAUUGAAAAAAUUGGGUUGGUUUAGUCUGGAGAAGAGAAGACUGAGAGGGGACAUGAUAAGUUUUCAAGUACAUAAAAGUUUGUUACAAGGAGGAGGGAGAAAAAUUGUUCUCAUUAACCUCUGAGGAUAGGACCAGAAGCAAUGGGCUUAAAUUGCAGCAAGAGCGGCUUAGGUUGGACAUUAGGAAAAAACUUCCUGUCAUGUGAUUAAGCACUGGAAUAAACUGCCCAGGGAGGCUGUGGAAUCUCCAUCCUUGGAGAUUUUUAAGAGCAGGUUGAACAAACACCUGUCAGGGAUGGUCUAGAUAAUACUUAGUCCUGCCCUGAGUGCUGGGAACUGGACUAGAUGACCUCUCGAGGUCUCUUCCUGUCCUAUGACUCUGACUGACUGGCACAUGCCCUGCUCCACAGUGUCCCUGUGUCAUUCUCGCCUCCUCUUGCCUGGGAGCCCCUGAACAGAGGAAUGCGCCUGGUGUGAAUUCCUCAGGGAUUUCUCUCUCCUAGGGGGAAGGGGAGGAGGGAUUGCAAAUUUCAAAACAAGCACACAGUGAAUCUCAAUUCGGUCUGGCCAGUGCAGCCUCCCCAGAGCAGUCACACGCUGCCCCAGAUCAAUAGGCUGCAGCACCCCCAUUCUAAUGGCUUCAUUUGCCUAUGGCUCAUCAACCGCCUUGGACAAGUACCCUUCUAAUGCCGGUGCCUGCUGGUCACUCCGUUGUCUCUCCAGCCAAAGGCGGCACGGCCUGGAGUCAUUUACAAGUGAUUCUCCCUCCUCCCCCUAUGGGUUGCCAAUUUUGGUUGGCUGUAUUCCUGAAGGUUUCAUCACCUCACAUAAUCUUCAAUUCCUGGAGACUCCAGGCCCUGGGAGACACGACCCUCCCUCCAGCUGGUCAUGGUGCCACCCACGACCUUUGUGGUGCUAGUUCCACAGAGGAUUUUCAUUUCCCUCCCUGUGCCAGCGACUGUGGCCCAGAGACUUCUCUGAGGACACUGCCAGCUGCCUGACAAUGGCACGGCUCUGGGGGAAACUCUGUAGCCAGGGCAGGAGGCCAUUUUGUGGCUGGGUCGGGCCUAGCAGCAGCCAUGUCACCACAGCAACGGGUGCUAGGCUUCUCUCCCACCUGAGCAGAGGGCAGGCUGGCGUCAGGGCUGGAUGUCUACAGCCCCCACCCCUGGCCCUUAGUGGAGAGAGGGAAUGGGACAUUCUGUUCUAAUUAGAAGUCAACAUUGGGGUUAACCCCAGUGCCAGGAAAACCUGCCUUGAAAGGUCCAUCGGUAACACUCCAGCAGGCAGCGUGGCCCCAGAAAAAGCAACAUCCAUGGUGCAGGAAUACACAUGACCAUGCACUCCCACCCGUUACACCUGCAAAGACACAGCUGUAUACCUGCAGACACGGGUGCACAGAUGUGUCCAUGCACAGCCCCACGGUGAGAUGCAUCUCUGCACACAUGCGCAGGCCCGGUUCACAGGCGUGCACAUGCCCAACCACACAGUCAGGUACACACCGGCGUGUUCAUGCACAUACACGGGCCAGAGCAAAGCCGCCGGAGUGAGCACAGCAUGUUGCUACAUAGACACAACGGUACAUACGGUGGUGUGCACCGAGACAUGGGUGGGUGCACACACAGCCACCCGUCUCUCCCUGGUGCCAGCCAUUGAAAGGAAAGCACUCCUACUACCUCAACGGUCCCCCUGUGCAGCACCUUUUGAAUGUGUCCUGGAAACGUGCCGGUUUCAUUCUCGCCAAGGCUGUGCAUUCCCCACAUUAGAAAACAAACAAGAAAGGGGGAAAGCCAGCCAAAAACGCCAACCUCAUGCCAGGUCUUGCCACUUACCCUUGGCCUGUGCCCACCUUUUGCUCAAAUGCCUUGCACAUUUGGAAGCGGGGGGACGGCACGCGGGAAAUCCAGCGCUGUUGAGUUCAGAACCAGGCGGCCAGGCAGACAGUCUGCUAGGGUUCAGGUCCGGAAAAGUUUGUGUUUUACUUAGUUACUGUGAACUUUUAUUUAAGGUGGGUUUUUUUGGUGGCAGGGGAGGAUGGAAAAGGAAAGGGGCUGGAAAUGGACAACCUCCUCCUCUCCCCCAAAAAACCGUGCAAGUUCCACUCCCACACUGUCCCCGUCCCGUGUGCAAACGCACUGCGUGUCUGACGGGACUGCAGUGUCGCUCCCACCCUCUCUGCUUCUCCCUGCAGAAUCCAGAGGCCUCCUUUUCUGAACGAACGUACACAGGGGCACUCUCACUAUACGUGUCUGGGUAAUGUAUGUCGGGGUCCAGUAGCUCUGUAUGUCUAUUUAUAGGGUAUACCGUAGACAGUGAUAUAGCAUGCGCAUGUGUAAGGAGAGUAUUGACUGGGUACGUGAACAUCUCAAGGCUGCUUUUUGCCGUGGUGGGAGCUGUACAGACAAAUAUGGUAGGUUUGAGGACUUUUAGUUUCUAAAUAAAGAUUUUUUU